CGUGGUGUCAAAAUCGACACCGAUGGUAGUUUUGCUUAUGUGUCGGAUUCAGUUGCGAAUGUAAACAUUCGCUCAUCGAGUGGAAGCGAUUCGUGUUGCGCUCCUGUUAUCGGUUUUCUAGCAGCUUUUGUGAAGUUCGAAGGAGAAUUAGCAAUGAUUCGUUUUUUAGCGUUGUAACACGCUAUGAUUUAUUUGAGUACUAAUUGAGAACUGGUGCUGCUGCUGCUGCUGCUUCUUGCUCGUGCUGUUGUUGUAAAUUGGUGAAAGUAGUUAUUGAUUCCAAAGAUGUCAAACACUCUCGUAGAUGACCUCGAGGCAGCCUUUCAUGCAUGUCUCGCAGCCGCAACAAAUCCCGAUCACUUUGGCCCUCGGGAUAAUCAUGAUGAACGGAAGGCUGGCGUGGAGCAAACGGUCCAGAAAUUUCUCGACUCUGCGCGUCAGAUGGAAUGCUUCUUCCUGCAGAAGCGCUUAGUAGUAUCUCCUCAAAAAGCUGUGCAAUUCAUUAUGGAGGACAAUAUGGAGCUCAAGAAUGAACUAGCACGGAAAGAACAGCUUAUCGAGAAAUAUCAUGCAAAGUUGACCGAUUGGCAACGGCUAGUAAACGACGCCGGUCUUGGCAGUGGUGGAGGUAAUCCUGCCGGACAGCGAGGAGGGGCUCAAGGGACACCGGCCCCCCAAGGACCGAUGGGAGGAGUUCCAGGAGGCGCUCAAAUGAUGGGUGGGGGCAAUCAGAUGAUGGGUGUACCUCAACUCGGCGGAAUGCCACCUCAGCAAAUGGUUGGUUCGGGCGGCAUGAUGGGCGGGGCGAGCCAACCGUUCGGCGGAGGACCCUUAGCUUAUCUGGAAAGGACUACCUCUAAUAUCGGGACCCCUCCAGGGGCAGGAGGACACCCUAUAGGGGGAAUGCCUCCAGGGCCUCCUGAUGGUCGCCGCUGAUCUAUUAAGAAUAGUUUGAUCCAUGUAUAUAUUUUGCAUAAUUAUCUCAAACACGAAAAAUGCUACAGUGACACGAUAUGGAAAGUUCCGCUGCGUAACAUUACAACUAUAACGAUUGAGCAGCAAACGCCGUAUGGAGAUGUCCAUUAUUCGGCACAGCAAAAAACGGUUCCUUAUGACAAAUUCGAGUUCAGUGGUGCCUUGAGUACAAUUGUUAAAACUAUUCCAAUCCGAGUAAAUUGUAAUACUUAAUUUCUCAACGUAUUACCCGAAAUGAAAUGGGGUACAGUGGUCUAGAAUUAUGCCAUGUUGAAAUAAUCAAGGAAGCUUAUUUGUGCAGGUCAAUGCAUCGAAUGAAAAUUCUUUUGUAUAUAUAAUACUAAAAACACACGUUUAUAUAAAAAAAAAAAAAAAAAAAAGUUGGCCGGAGCUAUCACUUAAUAUACAUUGAAGCUUGAGGUCGCCAUUGCCUUUUGGUUUUGACUGACGUUGGAUGCAUUUUUCUGCCACUUAAUUUGGGGAAGCAGCCAACAUUUUGCAAUCGAUGGUAAUCGCUUAUAUUAAACUCGUUUUAAACUUUGAGGGGUGCGGGCGAAAUUCCAAGUGCAAGUGAUUCGCUAAAUGGUGAUCCUCAUGUUUAGGCCGUCUUGUCACGCAUAUGUUAUAGGUGCCACUAAAAUACUGAGUGAUACCAUGAUUCCAUUAAGGCGCUAUUUCUGAUAAAUAUUAUAGGAAGAACAAGAGAAGACUCUUCAAUUACAACAAACAAAAAUAAACCUCAGCAUUUCUGUUUGCUUUCUGACGGCAACCUUUGAAACCUGUUGUUUUGAAACAUGUAGGUUCUUGCCUAACUUAAAAUGAAUUUUAGGUAUCUUUUGGUCAGGCCGUGUAAGGUAAAAUAUGAUAGUAAUAAUGUUAAUUACGAGUUGGCAAAUUACAAAGGAAUUGUUAAGUAUUUAUUUAUUCCUUAACACAUCGCACGCUUCCAUUAAGAGUGCGCAGCUCCUCAACUAAGGUACCAGUGUCUACAAAAAAUAGUUUCGAGUCUAUUUACAGAGGCGAUUGUGGGAUGCAUCAAACAUGUAUGCAAUUUACAGUUGCACAGUUUCCUUCUCAAAAACGUUGACAUCACCUAAACGGAGUGUCAGUUCGAAUGACGUAUUGUUUGAGAUCUGUGAAAGAAUUAAUUUUACUUUUUUUUUAAGGAAACCAAUAUUCCUUACUUUGAUCGGAUUCCACAUUGUAUAAACGCACAUAAAUAACAGUGACUUAUGUAGGCUCAAGUACGUGCAAGGCGACAAACGAUCUCCAAAUAAAGUAACCAAAACUUAAGCACCUUUUAACAGCGAGCGUACGUGAGACAGUCGAUCGAACUCAAUUUAACAAUCGAACUCAACCUAUUACAAGUUCGAUUUUCGUCAAGGUCUCAUUCUUUGAAUGAUUUUUGCUUGAAUCACUGCAUAUUUACACUGUGAUUUCAGCUUGAUUCGUUCUGACAUUUCUACAGGUGUAUACGUUGAACAGGUCUUUAAGUGUGAGCUCAACGAAGUCGAUAAAGGACAACUGCUCUCUAUGACAGUCCCUUACAAACAAACAAAAAAUGCUAACCCCAGUCUUGAGAACGAGCCUCAGGUUUUCAUUCAGAAGAGAAAUAAUAGUUUACUACCAACCGAUUUUAAUUUAUUUGCAUAACGACGUUAAAUGCAAACCUGAAACCUAGUGAGUACACUGGUGUUAAGUGCCAAAGCAGUGUCAAAAUUAACAAAGCCAUUUUAACCUGAUUUAUCGAACGGGAUAGAAACUAUUUUUCGUGCAUACACUGAGAUGAUUAUUGCAUGCUUUUAGCAAUAGAAUGAUUACGGGAACUUAAAAUUAUAUCUAUGUAUCGGUAUACGCUUUUCGUGCAUGUGAUACCCUCAGUGGCUUACUUUAGCUAAAAAUGAAAAGCUUUUGAAAACUCCCGUACUCGGCAAAUCGUUGAAUCAUAGAAAUCCAAUUUAUCCUAAAUGUAUAUGUCUGACUGUUUGGCGAUAAGAUGGAAAUUUUAAGUAAAUAAAGGCUGAGAUUUUUUACCACA